GCUACUUUCUUGUGUCCGUUUUCAGAGGCAUGCAUCAAAGGUGUCCAUCCAUCAUCGUCCCGAGAAUUAACAUCAACACCACCACAUGCCAGAAGCAGUCUCACAAUACUUUCAUAGCCCUCUUGAGAUACAUUAUGCAGUCACGUCAUGCUACUUCUUCUCUAUCUUGUUCACGUCCUUCAACUUCGGGUGUUUCAUCUCAACUUCACUACUUUCAGUUUCAUCAAAAUGGGAGACCUCGACAAAUGGCAAGCCAUCUGGCCCCAGUUCAUCGAAAAUGUCCAGUUAAUCCUCGCAUACUCAGGAGAUGGACUGUCCGAUGCCGACAGAUAUGACUGGUUUCGUGAUUAUGACAGCCGCGAGGGUCAUCAUUCUUACCGUUACCGUGAUUGUGUUUCUUACAGUUAUGACUCUGACGACUCUGACGACUCCGAUGAUAACGAGCCGCCUUCUUUCGUUGCCUAUGUAGACGAAGGAAUUAGUAUCAACGGAAUCGGAGACGACGCCCACGAACCGUUUACUUGGUAUCCCGAUAGGGAUCAUGGGGGUAUAAAGACUGCGCACAAGCCGUAUGAUGAUGUGGUUACAUGUAUCAUGCUGAUAGCGUAUAUGCUGAUGCCAGAUGCUUUUGAAAUCCGUUCUAAUGGUGACCGGGGUGACUGGAAACCUGGGCUUGUCUGCCUGAACCAACAUCGUAGACAGUUCUGGGCAUAUAAACCGUCAUGA